AUUUUCUCUCUCUCUUUCUUCUCUCAUGGAUUAUUUUUCCAAGUUUAAGAAACGUAUUACACCUCCUAAAGUACAGGCAACAAGUGCUAUGCAAUUGGCCAAGUUCCACAAAUGCUGGGACUAUGUGCACAAUAUUUUUAUCUCGGAGGAUAGAAAGGCAAAUCUUCAUGUCAAACAGACAGAGAUACCGGAAAGGUUGAGGGAGAUGGUAGACAUGCUUGUUGAUGAAGAGGCUCGACAGGAGGAUGAGAAUACGACGGGUGUAUGCAUGGAGUAUCUGCUGAAAAAUGGAAUAUUGCAGUAUCUCGUCAAUGUAUCUGAAAAGAUGGAUUACCCUGAAGGUAUUCGUGGCGAAAGUAUUCGAAUGAUUGCCAACAUGGUAGACCUACUUGACGAUCGUUUCUUGGUUCAUAAUGCGGUGCAUAAGCCGACGAUCAAGCUUAUUCGAUUUUGUACGUUUAAUCCACAGAGUGAACAGAGAUACCAUAAAGACCUUGUUGACCUCAUGUACAUCAUAUGCUCAAGGAUUCACGGUUUUCCAGCGCUCUUAAACGUCUUCUUUCACGAUAAACAGUACCUUACACUACAUCAGCAUGAAAACAAACCUGAUUACGAAUUUUUGUUGUUUACUUAUUUGUUACGCUUCGUUCAUCGAGAAGGAAGGUCAGGUGAUUUUGCACGUACAGGAUUGCUUUUCCUCAUUGAGAUGGCUACAGAUGAUCACCAGCUAGGUGAAUUUAUCCUCGAAUCUGAUUUUGCCACCAUCAUAGCAGCCGGACUAGGUGCGCUCUAUUCACAGUUACCAAGAAAGCUCAUUGUUCAAAAUGAUGAAAAUGAUGCGCCAUUAUUGGGCGCUUAUACCCCUCAAGAUAAUAACAACAACAACAACAACAACAAUUAUGACGAUGUCGAGUUAGGCAUAGAGUACUCCAGCUCGGAGCUAUUUAAGUAUCAGUUAGAUUCCUUUUUAAAAUUAUUAGAAUUCUGUCAAGAUGUCCUGAUACGAUGCCCCAACGACGCCAUAUCACAGCGCAUGCUACAGUUUGUACGCACAACAUUUUUGGAAAACAUUCUGUACCCCUCUAUUCUCGAAUGUUCUGACUUUGAUGGAUCCUCAGUGGCGGUCAUCAGCUAUAUCGACCUCAUGUUGCAGGCUAUCCAAGAACCAAAGUUAGUGGAUGUCAUCCUAGGCUUUCUCAUGCAACAAGAGAACUAUGACAGCGUCGUACCAGAUAGUUCGCCCUAUAACUCGGCGGAUAGAUUUACCCUGAAGGACUUGAUAUUCACACGCCUACAGUCUACCUCGCAACCUACCGUCAUCGCCACGUUAAAGUUACUCAAGACCCUGAUCGUUCGUCAUUGUCGGUUUGCUAAUCGGUUACUUACGCUAGACAGAAUUCAAGAGCCUCCAGCAUGUAUCAUAUCCCAUCAUAUACGAGAAAUCGAACUUUAUUUUGCACUCAUUUCAGCUAUGGACAAGGAGCACGCCAACUCCAUCUUGACGGUUGGUUAUGAGGAUUACCUGCGUGAUGUCGAAGGCAGGAUGGAUGCAGAUGACUGCUAUCAAUCGUACAAUCAACAACCUGUAUACGUACCAUCGACAACAAAAAGUGAAAAGAGACGAAGCUUCAAGUAUGGACAGCAGAGGAUGGUACCGAUGUCUGGAGAUCACUAUUACCACUCUUAUUACCAGCAACAACAACUACAGCAUCAACAAUCAUCCAUACGACACCGAUUACGAUCAUCCGAUACCCUCCUCCAGAUCCUCCUCAAUCUCUUUUCCCACUUUUUUGCACAGUCGACUGAACUUAACUUAGCUCUGACCGGCGUUCUUUCAGCAUUGGCCAUGUGUCCUCAUCGUAGUUUGGAAGGAUGGCUUACGUUCACAGAGCACGAUCGAACCCACCCAGACGAUAUUUUGUUGUUAUCACGCUAUGAAGAAAGCGAUGAAGAAGAAGAAGAAGAAUGUGUGAAUAGUAAUAUAAAGAUUAGGAUGCAGGAUAUCUAUGCAGCCACGAUACCCACUGAUGAUGACGAAGACGACCAAUCCGUUGAUUUCGGCAUGGAAAAGAACUCUAUUCAUAUGACAGCGCCUACCCAAUUCAAAUCUUUUCCUCCAUUUUAUACCAUCUUUAGAACCCUGACCCAGCAAGUGGACUAUUAUCGCUCUGAAAUUGACGACUUCAAUCUCUUGUUGUAUCAAAGAUGGCAGAAUGUGUUUGCCACUACCACCACCAGUUCAUCACCCUCAUUGAGCCCAAGCACAAGCGUUUCAUCUAAACGUCGAUCGUCUAUUUCGUCCAUUAUGGAUAAUCUGAAGCCUGCUUCAGUCUCUACUGCUGCUAGUAUAGCAACCAAUCGUAGUGCGCCUGCCGUGAUGGAUGAUAGCAAGACAAGCCAGGUUAGAAUCCAGCCUCUGUUUCCUUCAAACUUUAGCUCUGAGAUAUCCUUGUCUAUGUUGCUGAAUAAUAUCAUUAUCUUGCAAGAAACGAUUAAAGAGUUAGUUGCUAUUGUUCAAGUCCGAAGAAGUUUAGGCAUUGAUAAAAUAAAGUAUGCAUAAUGAACAAUACAAUAAAAGAGAUUGUUUUUCCAAGGC